AUGACCGCUACCGUUGUCCCUUGCUUGGGCUUUACCUCGCCUGCCGAGACAAUUACGUCUCAAAAGGAGCUCCACGACAAAAUAAUGAAGAUUCAACGUAAAAAACUUCGAAAAUGUGGAGCCAUGGACGUCAAACGUCCCUUCGUCAUCAAAACCCAGCUCGUGAGUCCCGAUUCUUCGGGAAAAUGGACUGGGGGUGACGAAAAUGCCACCAGCAACGAAGAAAAGGUUCAUACCAAGAUUAUUCAUUUUCAACGACAUGGUCAAGGAUACCAUAAUUUCAUCGGCAAUACGUGGCGUGAACUUGGGAAAACUGUCGACAUCGAUAGUUCCGACCCUGAUAAGAAUCCUUUUGUUCACCCCGAAGUUUUGGAUGCUCCUUUGACUGCGCUUGGUCGACAAGAAGCAAUCGAGAAGCGGUCUGUUGCCGCCUUGAUGAAUCCUGAUCUUAUAAUUGUAUCGCCUUUGCACCGGGCUAUUCAAACGGCACACUUUUCCUUCGCCGACCACCGUUCGCGAGUUCCUUGGAUUGCGCACGAGGGCUGCCGUGAAGAUUUGGGUUUCCUUGUUUGCAACAAACGACGUCCCUUGUCACAGACCAAGGAAGAGUUCCCCUACAUUGACUUUUCCUAUGUUGUGUCCGGUGAGGAAGAUACACUGUUCAAACAUGAAGAAAUGGAAUGUCUAUUAGCCCAAGCAGACCGCGUCUACGAUUUUUUGGCCAAUUUUGUACGCACAAGACCUGAGCAGGAAAUUGCAGUUGUUGGUCAUUCGGCUUGGCUAUUUAAUAUGUGCAAUGCUGUAGUAGAAUGCAACGGAGACGAAAAUCUCAUGGCCUGGUUUGGAACGUCGGAGAUCCGAUCUAUGCGGGUGAGCUUUAUUGAGAGUUCUAGCAUGUCUAGUAAGGAAUGUAAAACGUGCGAUUGGUGA